UCCACAUCACUGCACUAUUCAUUAAUACUGUUCUGCUCACUUCUGUCGGCCUAUGUAGAGAUCGAACAAUGAAGAGAUACAGUCCCAGUAUUCACCAUUUUGCACACUUAGACAUUAAAAACCAGAUGGAAGAAUAAUACCAGAGUGAAGCUUGGGAUGUUCUGCUCUGCAGAUAUAUUGAUAUAUGGUCAUUCUUGCAGAUAAAUUAUCUAUUGUGUUUCAGUAUGUAACUUGACCUCUCUACCUCAGUCUUCCCUAAAUGAAUUAAUGUACACAGCACCAAAGUAUUACUACAAAUAGGAAUGGUUUGCUCAAGGAGUUGGUAGAGAUCAUAUCAUCUUCAUGUCCUCAAAGCUAUCCGUGGCAUACUAUUGACUAUAAAAUGAACUUUGUCUCUCAGUGUUAGGUCUCAUGUUGUUUCCUCUUGUAAUACAACAACUUUCCACUUGUGUGAUAUAGGUAAGCAAAUAAUCUUGUAGAGGCUUGUUUAACCAGGAGUCAGAAAUCUGAAACAUGAGAUUUUUCAGCGAUAGGCAGAGGCAGUCUUUGAGCUUAUGUGGGGAGCCUGCAAUCAAGCAGCUGGCAUUUAAAUACAGUGGUUGCCUGGAAGAAAGUCCCCAGGGCAGAAAUGCUGAGAAAAUGAAAUGCAGUAAGGAGUACACCUCACAAAUUAUUCAGGAUUGAGAGCAUUAGCAGAGCUGAACAAUGUCCUCAGGCACAUAUUAACAGGACAACAUCACAGGGCAAGUUCAAGAGUAUUGACAGGUCUUGUUAGGGAGCUCAGGACAUAGUUGAAGAGGUUUUGUAAGUGUGCAUGCAUGACGGGACUGUGUAGGGAGCUGCAGGCUGGGCUACUGGGAGGACAGGGAAAGAGAAGUGACAGCAGAGCUGAAAAAUGAAAGCAGAAUGCAAUGGACAGCCUGAGCGGGAGGGAUGCAAGGGACGAGAAUCUCAGAAGACAGAGGUUCGAGAUCUGAUUGCUUGUAAUUGAACAUGGCAGGAGAUGUGAAAAGAUUCACACGCAUGCUACUGGAAUGCAACAGCAAUGACAAGCUGUGUGUUGUGCGUGAAUAUCAGACUGAAGUGAUUGUUGUCCCAGCUCUCCUUGUGGGUUUUUUUGUCAUUCUGCUAACUGUGAUCCUUUGGCUGCAUUGCCGAGGCUUGCGAACAAGAACAAAGCGGGAGGAGUCAUCAUCAUCUGGACAACAAGCGAACAACAAGAACCAGCAGGAAUCCAGUUCACAAGAGAACCACUGUAUACAGCUGAGUGAGAUAUCUACAGAGGUCCUGCUAAGUUCUGCAUCCUUGACUCUGAAAGAACUGCAGAUACCACGGGAGAAACUCUCACUAGGCAGUCUGCAGAUAGUAAAACAUGGCCGUAAUGGGAGCUUCUACAGAGCAAAAUUGGAAACUGGGAACUCAGGGAAGACUAAGAGUGUCAUAUUGAAAGCCUUACAAGAUCUGGUUAGUCCCCAGGAAGUAAAGGAUUUCCUGGGAAGGAUUAAAUUCCAUCAAAAUCUUGGCUAUCAUGAGAACCUGGUUGAAUUGGUUGGAUGCUGUGUAGAUCAAUUCCCACUUUAUAUGAUAAUGGAAGAUGUAUCUCUUGGUGACUUGCUAAAGUUUCUAUGGACAUGUCGUAAGGAUGUAAUGAUAGUGGAUGGUGUCCCCUACGACCUCACUGAAAGGCAAGUAUACGAAGUUGGACAACAAGUUGCAGCAGCUCUGGCUUACCUUGAGCAGAAGAAGUUGUUCCAUGGUGACAUCGCUGCCAGGAAUGUCCUACUUCAGCACAACUUCACUGCCAAGCUCUGUGGUUUUGGGCUGGCCUAUAAAGCUCAUACAUAUGGUGCCAGCUCAGUCACAGAAAUGGUGUCAGUAAAGUGGCAGGCACCAGAGCGGCUUCUAAAGGACCCCCCUAGCAUCAAGGCAGACAUAUGGUCUUUUGGAAUUCUACUGUAUGAAAUGAUUACAUUAGGUGAUCCACCAUAUCCUGAGGUACGACCUUCUGACAUCUUGCCAUACCUGCAGAGACGAAACAUUAUGAAACAGCCCUCAAGCUGCCAGCAAGCCAUGUACAGCAUCAUGAAGUCUUGUUGGCAGUGGAAUGCAACUGAUAGGCCUUCUCCGUCAGACCUGAUCCAGAGCCUACAAACAGCUAUGAAGACCAGUAAUGACCAGAGAGUUCUGCAGGUUCCUGAGCUAGUGGUGCCUGAAAUCUAUGCUGAUAUCGCUGGUGUUGCAAUGGACAGUUUAGUGAGUGACUAUACUGUACUUUGAAGGACUCUUUCUCAUAUUAGUAAAAGAGAGGUCUCUAUAUUGCCUAUUCAAGACACUUGGCAAACUCAGAAUGAGAUGUUUAUGUAUAUACUUCAGAUCUGUCCUCCACACUUGAAAUAAUGAACUGGUAGUAGCAGUACUUUUAAAUUACCCUGCUGAUACCAUUUUGACAGUGGUCAUUUUAAAGCAAAAUGGAUUUAGGAAGCUAUAGAAAAUGCAAUGAGAAAUUUGAGUUUUAGGUUUUUUGAAAUCUCUAUCCAUUUUUCUUUCCCAUGAAACUGCAUCACUUGAAUAUUCAGAAGAUGAGGUGUCCAAGAGGAAUACGCUCUUGGGCACAAUCUUACUGGAAAAUGUGGACAGAGUAGGUAACAGAAAUGGAUGGCUUCCUGUCCUGCCAACAGUUCACAGGCUGGUUCAGCCCAGUUCUGUGACUAGCAGGCUGAGGGUACCCACAGACCCAUGUCCUGGAACAGGGAAAAGGGUGGGGAGAUGGGCCUAAAAACAAACAGCGACAGUAAUCUGAGGAGAAACAAACUAAUUUACUAAAAAUGAUAUCAAAAUGCAAGAUAACACGAUAUAAUGUAAUAUAAUACAGUGUAAUUGGAAUUGAGGAUAAUAAAUCAAAUAAAAUGAGAGUGUCCAAGAACUGAAGGCCUUACCCUAAGUAAGCUAAGGUGAUACAGUACCUGCAACAGAGAUGAGCCAGAAGAUCAAAAAAGAAGGUCCUGUAAAAACUGCAGACAGUUUUUAUUUUUCCCUCUGAGUAGAAAACAGUAACAGAACCAGCAAACAGUUUUUUGGGAGAUGUAGUUCCUCUCUUCUGGGACAGGUACCCAGAACUGGAGCAUUAACUCUUUAACUCCCAGUACACUACAUGAUGUUAUGAUGUGGAAUACUGAUAACAAAAAUCAUAAAACCAUGACACUGUGCAUUAUUUUCACAUUUGCUAAAGGCCUAUGUGAUUAACUUGCAUUAUUGCCUGUUAAGUGCUCAAUAAAUGUCUGGGAUCUCUCCAAAGCUUUGCAUGAAAGAAUAGGCACUGUAUAUUUUAAACAAAAUAAAAUGCUUACAUAUCUGUGA